GGGCUUCCGGCAGGUGGCGCCGUGGCCGCGGGGCCCAGGCCGGCGGGCGGGCGGCGGCGCGGCGCUGCGGCCGGCGGCUCGCGGCCCCGGAGCGGCGGCUGCGCGGGAGGUGGAGCGGCGGAGUGGCAGGCCCGGUGCGGGCUGGAGCGCGGGCGGCGAGCGCACGAGCCGCGGCCGCGCGGAGCCCGCCAUGACGGCGCGAGUGUGAGGCGCGGCGAGCACCGGUCCAGUAGAGCGGCGGGCGCGCCGGCCUCUUAUCCCGCAGCGGCCGGGCCGGGCCCUGAUGAGCAGCGGCCUCGGCCUCCGGCGCAGCCCGGAAAUGUCCGGCAAGAUCGAGAAAGCAGACUCUCAGCGUUCUCAUCUCUCCUCCUUCACCAUGAAGCUGAUGGACAAAUUCCACUCUCCCAAAAUCAAGAGAACACCAUCCAAGAAGGGAAAGCCAGCCGAGGUGUCGAAGAUUCCUGAGAAGCCUGUGAGCAAAGAGGCAAGAGACAGAUUUCUACCAGAGGGCUACCCUAUCCCCUUGGAUCUGGAGCAGCAGGCAGUAGAAUUUAUGUCCACCAGUGCUGUGGCUUCCAGGUCUCAGAGGCAGAAGAACCUGUGCUGGCUGGAGGAGAAAGAGAAGGAGGUUGUCAGUGCCUUGCGCUACUUUAAGACCAUUGUGGACAAAAUGGCCAUUGAUAAGAAGGUUCUGGAGAUGCUCCCGGGGUCAGCCAGCAAGGUGCUGGAGGCCAUCUUACCCCUGGUGCAGACUGACCCUCGGAUCCAGCACAGCUCAGCCCUCUCCUCCUGUUAUAGCCGAGUAUACCAGAGCCUCGCCAACCUUAUCCGAUGGUCUGACCAGGUGAUGCUAGAGGGCGUGAACUCAGAAGAUAAGGAGAUGGUGACAACUGUGAAGGGCGUUAUCAAAGCUGUCCUGGACGGAGUGAAGGAGCUAGUGAGGCUAACCAUUGAGAAGCAGGGGCGGCCAUCGCCAACAAGCCCAGUGAAGCCCAGUUCCCCAGCCAGCAAGCCUGAUGGCCAGCCUGAGCUCCCUCUGACAGACCGAGAAAUGGAGAUUCUGAACAAGACGACAAGUGUGUCACCAUCUGCUGAACUGCUCCCAGACUCCACCAGUGAAGAGGUCGCACCCCCCAAGCCCCCUUUACCUGGCAUCCGGGUGGUUGAUAACAGUCCACCAGCAUUACCACCCAAGAAAAGGCAGUCUGCUCCAUCCCCCACUCGGGUGGCUGUGGUAGCCCCAAUGAGUCGGGCUACCAGUGGCUCCAGUUUGCCUGUUGGAAUCAAUAGGCAGGACUUUGAUGUUGAAUGUUACACCCAGAGGCGCCUGUCAGGAGGCAGCCGCUCCUGCGGUGGUGAGUCUCCUCGCCUGUCCCCCUGCAGCAGCACAGGCAAGCUCAGCCGCUCAGACGAGCAGCUGUCCUCCCUGGACAGGGAUAGUGGGCAGUGCUCACGGAACACAAGCUGUGAAACACUAGAUCACUACGACCCCGACUAUGAAUUCCUCCAGCAAGAUCUCUCCAAUGCAGACCAGAUCCCUCCACAGGCAGCCUGUAACCUCAGCCCUCUGCCGGAGUCCCUGGGGGAAUCUGGGCCUCCAUUUCUUGGCCACCCUUUCCAGCUGCCUUUGGGCAGCUGUCUGCAGCAGGAGGGACAGCAGACAGACACUCCACCUGCCCUUCCGGAGAAGAAGCGUAGGAGCGCAGUCUCCCAGACCACGGACAGCUCUGGCUGCAGGGUGUCCUAUGAGCGACACCCCUCACAGUAUGACAACAUCUCAGAGGGUGACCUGCAGAACCCAGUCCCAGUCCAGCCUGUGCCCUACCCACCCUUUGCUGCUGUCCUGCCCUUUCAGCAGGGAGCUUCCUCUGCCUCUGCUGAGUUUGUGGGUGAUUUCAGUGUUCCUGAGUUGGCGGGUGACACAGAGAAGCCACCUCCUCUACCAGAGAAGAAGAACAAGCACAUGCUGGCCUACAUGCAACUGCUGGAGGACUACUCAGAGCCACAGCCCUCCAUGUUCUACCAGACACCGCAGAGUGAGCACAUCUACCAGCAGAAGAACAAGAUGCUCAUGGAGGUGUACGGCUUCAGCGAGUCCUUCUGCGGUAGUGAUUCCACGCAGGAGCUGGCCCCUCCACCCGCUCUGCCCCCCAAGCAACGGCAGCUGCAGGCCUCCUAUGCUGCUUCUUCCUUCUCUGUCUCCUACUGUGUCCAGCAAACUAAAGUGGCCUUCACCCCCGAGGACGGCAGUGCCGCUCAGGGCCUCAGUGUAUCCGUGUCUAACUCCUUUCUCAACCGGCACGGCAGCUUGCCUGUGCCCUCGUACAAAUCUGUGUUUAGGUCUUACUCCCAGGACUUCAUGCCUCACCACCAAGCCUCCGUCCAACCUUUCCUUCCGCCUACCUCCUCUUCCUCUCCACAUUUCCCACCUGUCCACACGUCCCAGAGCUCGGACUUAGCGGUGCCCACCGUAAGCAGUCCGCCUCCCAGCACCGUGGACGGGCCUCUCUCGUCUUCUCAGGACAGCAGCUUUCAUGGGAACCCUGUCCGCCUUCCUUCCGAAACCUCUUUCACUGACUCGAGUGAAAAGGCCAGCAGUGAGGAAGCUGGUGGGGAUGAGUAUGUCAGUCUGUACUCCUCUGGCCAGACCAGCGAGGAGCUGGCUCCCUGUCGAGGAGAACCACCAUCUGGGAAGGACGGACAUCCCAGAGAUCCUUCGGUCAGCAGUGCAUCUGGGAAGGACAGCAGAGAAAAUGGGGAAAGGUCCCCAAAGUCACUGGAUGGUCUGGAGUCAGCGCAGUCAGAAGAGGAAGUGGAUGAACUGUCCCUCAUUGACCACAAUGAAAUUAUGGCCAGGCUGACACUCAAGCAAGAGGGUGAUGAUGGGCCAGAUGUUCGUGGUGGUUCAGGAGACAUCUUACUGGUCCAUGCUACUGAGACAGACAGAAAAGACCUGGUGCUGUACUGUGAAGCCUUCCUGACCACCUACAGGACCUUCAUCAGCCCGGAGGAGCUCAUCAAGAAGCUGCAGUACCGGUACGAGAAGUUCUCUCCCUUUGCUGACACGUUCAAGAAGCGAGUGAGCAAGAACACAUUCUUUGUGCUGGUUCGAGUGGUGGAUGAGCUCUGCCUGGUGGAGCUGACAGAGGAGAUCCUGAAGCUGCUGAUGGAGCUGGUCUUCCGCCUAGUGUGCAGCGGAGAGCUCAGCCUGGCCAGAGUCCUCCGGAAGAACAUUCUGGACAAGGUGGACCAGAAGAAGCUGCUCAGGUGUGCCCAUUCCGACCAGCCUCUGGCAGCCAGGGGUGUUGCAGCCAGGCCAGGAACCUUGCAUGAUUUCCACAGCCACGAGAUAGCUGAGCAGCUGACACUGCUGGAUGCCGAGCUUUUCUACAAGAUAGAGAUUCCUGAAGUUUUGCUUUGGGCCAAAGAGCAGAAUGAGGAGAAGAGUCCCAAUCUGACCCAGUUCACAGAGCACUUCAACAACAUGUCCUACUGGGUGCGGUCCAUCAUCAUGCUGCAGGAGAAGGCCCAGGACCGGGAGAGGCUGCUCCUCAAGUUCAUCAAGAUCAUGAAGCACCUGCGCAAGCUCAACAACUUCAACUCCUACCUGGCCAUCCUCUCAGCACUAGACUCGGCCCCCAUCCGCAGACUGGAGUGGCAGCGGCAGACCUCAGAGGGCCUGGCUGAGUACUGCACAUUGAUUGACAGCUCAUCCUCCUUCCGAGCCUACCGGGCUGCUCUCUCAGAGGUGGAGCCCCCAUGUAUCCCAUACCUAGGUCUGAUUCUGCAAGACCUGACCUUCGUUCACCUGGGAAACCCAGAUUAUAUUGACGGGAAAGUAAACUUCUCCAAGCGGUGGCAACAGUUCAACAUAUUGGACAGCAUGCGGUGCUUCCAGCAGGCGCACUAUGAAAUCCGGAGAAACGACGACAUCAUAAAUUUCUUCAAUGACUUCAGUGACCACCUGGCCGAGGAAGCCCUGUGGGAACUCUCUCUGAAGAUCAAGCCUAGGAACAUAACAAGGCGGAAAACAGACCGCGAAGAGAAGACCUAGGAGCAGGCUGGCUGUGAGAACGCUCAAGCAGCCAGGAGAGGACCUGGACCAUCCCAGCCUCAGCCUGUCCAUGCCUGGCUGUGUGGCAGCACCUGAGUCUCCUGGCCGGUCUCCUGCCUCCUUCCCUAUGGCUAAAGUCCCAGGGUUCACAAUGAGCUGGCUGGCAGGCCUCAGGGCUGGCUUGUGUACUGGUGGCCCCUGGUCUGGUUUUGUUUUCUGUUUUCUGUCAGUGCUCCCUCCUGUUCCCUCCUCUCCCCUGCAGCUGGAGAGCAGCAGACACCUGAGCAGCAGACCAGGGGAAUGGCGGGCUUCACUGUCCCCAGGCCACCCUAGCCUCCUUAAGUGGCAGAUAAGUAGGGGCCCCAGGACCCUUGGGUAGACUGCCCUCCGGGACCCUGGAGCCAGGGGAGCUAUGGCUGGGAGACAGAAGAAGGUAGAAAGGGACCACGCAGGCAUCUUGUGCUGCCCACUUCCUGCUUUUUAAACAUGGAGGGAGAGGCAUGUCAACCUGGCCCAGAAAGUAUGGUGGGUGGUAGGCAAGAGCCACAGAGCUGACACUUCUCACAGCAGUGGCCCCAGCUCUGUCCUGCCAUGCACGGCCACUAACCAAGGCACCUGCUGGGCUGACAGCAGCAGCACCAGUAGCACCUGUCGCCCACCACUGGUCCAGCCCCAGCCCCAGCCCCAGCCCCAGCCCACAUCACCGGUACUCUGGGGAUCGGGAAGAGGAGGCAGAAGGGACAGUUCAUGCUGAGCUGGGGCCAAGACUGUGCUUCAGAGAGUGAAUAAGGAUCUUCAGUGACCUAGGGAGAGGCAAGCAGCCCCUCCGUGCUUGCUGUGUGCCUUAAAUGCCAUCUCCUGUUCCUUCCAGGCCUGUGGGCUUCCCUCCUAUUUUGCCCCACCCCCCGCAGCCAGCAGGUUCCUAGUCCCCGUUUGCUCUCUGGGAGUGUCUGUUCCCAAGAAGUCUAAGCAGGCCUAGGACGUGAGGGCCUCCAGAGGUUUCCUGAUUCCAGACAGGUGGCAGAGCCACCCCCUGCUGCUGAGGUUGACAAUCUGUUCAGGGCUCAGGGCUAGGAUCUCCCUGGGCAUGGCCCUGUGGCCACCACUGUGGGCUAAAUGGCAGGGUGCAGUUCAGAAUCCAGAGGUGCUGCUGGCCCUGCACCAUACCUCCAAUUAGCUUUGCAUGGACAAGCUCCCUUUUCUUCUGGUCGUGGGGCUUGGUCAAACGAAUACCAGGAUCUCUGCUUCCUCAACCAGUCCGCAGAGCAGAAGAAAAGACAGCAGCAGCUGCUGGCCGGGUACUCGUUUGAAACAACUGUCACUCUGAACCCUCCUGGGUUUCGGGGUUUGUUUUUUUAGCAGCUUUUAUCAAAUAAGAACUGUGGGCCCCUCUUCUGUUUAUUUGUGCUGUAAAUAGAGAGGGGACAUCUGUAAACAGCCCCUUGGUCAGCUCCCUCUGGUGGCAGCCGGAAUUGGAUUGUUUAAGGAGUGUGUGUGUGGAGUCCGGCUUGUGAGCAGUCAUGUGGGUCUUUGGUUUGUUCCUCUUUUACAGGUCCUUUCAUUUCAGUCUUUGCCCCUGCUUCCUGUCCUUCACCAGCUCUAAGUGCUGCUGUGUGCAAGUGGGGAACACUGCACAUGAGGUCCUUCCUCCCAGCGCUGUAGAGGCCCCUGCAGCCUCCCUGUGUAGCACAGGCCUACCUGAGGCCUAGCCUACUGGUGCUGCAGCCAACAGAGUGGGUCUAUGGUCUAUGUCUACUGGUUCCCAAGCAUGAGCUGGGCAGAAAGGAGGGCUUACCUUCUAGACCCAGAAUCACCAGGCCCUCCUAUGAUCCUGGGAGCCUUAGGCAGACUAAGUCAAGAGCCAGGACAGCUCUGGAGUUUCCGUGUGGGGAUAUCGAGGUGCGAUGUGUGGGUUUAACUUAUUAGCCAGCAGGCUUCCCCAGUCACCUGCCUCUGGCUGCGACUGAGCCCAGUGUUCAGGCAGCCUGGCUUCCACAUGUCUGUUUCUUAGUGGUGGGGUCUGGGAGAGCUGUGAAGAUUCGUCUUUGUAUACAUACUAAGCAACAUGGACAGUUGGGUUCCCAGCAGAGGCCAGCCAUUACCUGUGGGUAAGGCAAGCAAACACCGGAUCUGGCUGGCCCUUAAGCCGAGACACCUGUUCCAUGCCUCCCAGUGUGGCACUGUAAUAUAAACCCCCCACUAACCUGUCUGACAGUGCAUCUUCCUACAGACAGAACAAGCGCGCAACUUUUAUAUGAAAGAAAAAUAAACAGACAAAAGCCCAUCUGAUGCCA